AUGCUCGAAAAUGUUCUUAAAUUGGAGAAAGAGUCUCUGGCUGCAGUUGAAAAUGAAUUAGCUAAAUUAAAAAUUCAAGUCGAUCAGCAAUUAAAUGAAUAUAAUUUGAAGCGUGAUGAAAUUCUUGGUUUGGUUUUGAAUGGUAAGUUGUGGAUUUUAUUUAAGUUGGGGUUUUUAAUGGAUUUAUCGGAUCUUGAUCUAGGCAUUAGACACAUUUUUGAAUUUAAUUUAUGAAAAUUAAGUUUUUGACUUUUAUGUAGUU